AUGGACCUCAGCCUGUUCUCGACGUUCGUUGGCGUUUCCCUGCUGGUUGUCGUCGUAUAUAUUUCACUCGUCUAUCUGUUCAGCCCCACAUACGACCCAAGAGAACCACCGGUAAUCUCCAGCUUGAUCCCAUAUGUCGGGCACAUACUCGGAUUACUACGCUAUGGCCAGCGCUACUUCGAAAUCUUGAGCGCUCGUAACAACCUUCCAAUCUACACCCUCCAAACCCUCAACAAACGCACCUACGUCGUCAACUUCGCCGACCUCGUCACGGCCGUCGAACGCAACGAGAAAACCAUCGCCUUCUUCCCAUUCGUCUACUCACUAGCUCCACGAUUCUUUGACCUAGCGCCGGACUCACGAACUAUGGAUUUGAUCAGGUACAACAUUGAUGGUAAGAUUGUAGGUAAAGAAGGAAAGGUGGGCCUGGUGCAUGAGACCCAUAAGGGUAUGCAUAGGGAGAUGGCUCCGGGCCCUAAUCUUGAUAGGAUGCAUGAGGCUAUGUUAGGAACUUUGGCACCCUUUUUAGAUGAGUGGGCGGUUGAAGGGGGGUGGGAAGGGGAGCUCUUUGGGUGGAUUAGGCCUAGGUUCACGAUUGCGAGUACGGAGUCCAUUUAUGGGAAGAGAAACCCAAUUCGUCUUGAACCGGAGCUGGUCGAGGCUUUUUGGGACUUCGAGAAGGACUUUACCAUGAUACUUCUCGGCCUUUACCCCAAAUAUACUGCUCGAAAAGGCUACGCAGGCCGCCGAAAGCUCCACCAAGGCCUAAACGGGUACUUCAACCGCGGCGACCAUGAAUACGGUCUGGGCGUCUUGAAAGCCCGCCACGACGCCGUAACCAACAACGGCGGCACGACCGACGACGUCGCCCGCUUCGAAAUCGGCGAUCUGAUCGGCGUGCUCGUCAACGCCACACCCACAUUCUUCUGGAUGCUACUGACCAUAUACUCGGACGCCGCUCUCCUGGAGGAGAUCCGCACCGAGAUCGGAGCCACGAUGACAACAACAACAACAACAACAACCGAGCCAUCCGCAACCGGGCACAGAAAAAGAAAGCACGAAAUCGACAUCACAGUCCUCGAAACCCAAUGCCCGCUCCUCCUCUCCGCCUACCGCGAACUCCUCCGCCACCGCACCCAGAGCUCCUCCUCCCGCUGGGUCAUCCGCGACACCAUCCUCGCCUCCCAAUACCUCCUGAAAAAAGACUCCGUCCUCCUGGUCCCCGGCGCCCUCAUCCACGCGGACCCCAUCUGGGGCCCCGACCGCACCGAAUACAACCCCCGCCGCUUCCUCAAACCGCCACCGUCACCGUCCGCCGCCGCCGCCGCCCCCCCGGCGAGCGGUGCCGCCAAGGUCGUCCACCCGGGCGCCUACCGCGCCUGGGGCGGCGGCCAGACGCUGUGCCCGGGCCGGUUCUUCGCGACGACGGAGAUCACGGGCGCGGUGGCGAUGGUGCUGAUGCGGUUCGAGAUGGAGGCGGCGGGUGGGAAGUGGGUGUUUCCGAAGGUGGAGGGGAAUCGGGUGGCGAGCAGUAUCCACCCGCCGAGUACGGAUGUGAGGGUGAGGAUUCGGGAGAGGGUUGGAUGUAAGGGGGAUGAGUGGGGGUUUAUUUUUGCCGAGGGUGUUUAG